AUGUCGCCUUCUACGACUACGAGGUCAUCAAAAGCAACACCAGCGACACGAUCACCGCGAAUUGACAAGUCACGAUUGUCAUGGACUGCAACGAGGUGUCAUCGAUUGCUGCGGCCCCUUCAGAAUCGCAUAGCUGCUCUACGGAAGGAGAUAUAUGUUCAAGAGCGCACGUUCCCUCCCAUACACCCUGAGAACCUCAACGGCUCUGCCAAGUUAUCGCAGAAGCGGAAGAUAUCAGAAGGAGAACAGCUGCACGAAACGAAAAGACCAUGCCGUACCUAUUCCAAAAGGCAGGCUACCGGAGCUGAUUACGCCGUUGGCACGACACGCUGGGGUCAUGAGGACCAGCCGCGAACUCUCGGUGGUCCCAUGCCGCAGACUCCCAUCUUCCGCCGGACCAAGCUGGUCAAAGCCGAGAAGGAUGUGUCUACCCAGGCAAGUAAGGACGGCCAGGGCACCCGCAACAGGAGCAGCCGAUCCAUGUCCUACUCGGGCAAUCCGACGCAAUCUGGACCGCUUAUUGUGUCGAUCGGCUGCUUGAGAAAAGCACAGUCGCCCGUGGCUCAGCAUCGCUACGUGCAUUACGAGAGCAUGUUACGAAUCUUGGACACCCUCCUCCGUGCGACAGCGACGCCUGACUCUGUUUCCAACACGAAGUCUCUUCUGCACAUGUGUUUGCGUAAGAUUCCAGAGUAUGCCGCCGGCGUUGAGGCCUGGGAAGCCAACAACGCAUCAAGAACAGGAGCGUCCUCGCUAUUCACUCCUUCAAGUGCAACGACUCGUUUAUACACCGACCUCGAGCAGAUGAGCGGCUCCGAUGCUGGGUGGAAAUACUUUGCCUCUCUGGUUCGCGCACACGCACUUUGGGUGAUCCGAGAGGCAAUCACGGAGGGACUGAUCGAGCCUGUCUUUGCAGGCAUCAUCGCACAUCACUACAAUCAGUUCGGCUACACGGAUGACGCUUCUACGAUAUUGGAGACGACGGCUGAGAGAACCUACCCGGCCCCACGAUCACUUCGAAGUCAGUUGAAAGAAGACAGUCGUCUCUCCUCGUUAUCUCUGGUAGUCGAAGCAAUUGAACAGCCAGCGAUGGCGUCGAGACUCUCACGCAGCACAUCGUCGCUCCUGUCUUCUAGGCAACUUCCUGCCGAAUGGCUCUCGACUAAGGCUCUAUCAAACCUAUGGAAAGCAGCAUCGUGGGCUGUGUCGGAGCCAAGAACCAGCAUCUACGCCCUGCAGCACGCGUCAGCUGCAGUCGCAUCUCUAGCCUGCCUUACACGAUCGCCGCCACGAUCGCAAUGCACGACAAUGCCCGAUAUUCUCUCGACUCUUGCCAGUGUGGUAGGCGGUCUUGUUGCCAUGUCUGUGGCGGCGCAGGGGCACACAUCCUUGGCAGAAGCAGCAGACGGAAAGACGAGCCACGUCCAGAAUUAUGCACUCCACCGCGUCGUCUACAUUUUGCAUGAAGCGUUGGCCAGGAGUACAAGGCGGAAGGGCAAUGACGAUGCGCUGUAUAUGCUCGAACUUGCCAUAUUUGUCGUCUCAGCAGCAGGUUUCGACACUGUCCACACAGCCAAUGACGGAUACAUGCUAGAAGUGAGAAAGCACUGGCCUCGAGGAGGGAAGGGUUUUCCCAAAACACUCACCGUCGGCCGGUAUAAUGUGACAGCAGGGCUGGCAUGCUCGAUUGCGCGCGCAUCAGCAAGGACGACAUCAGUGGCGCCGCAUCAUUUCUUCUCACAGCUCUGCGACCGGUUCGAAGAGGCCGGGUUGCCUGGGUUAGAGAGCCUCAGACAGGACGGGGCCUUCUUGCUGGCGCAUAAGACGCAUGACCUGCGCGACCUUGCAUUUGCUGAAUGCAUGAGCACUGUUGUAUCAGGCCCAAACCACCCUGCGAUGGAACAGAAUUGCGUCAACAAGGCCACAUUUGGGGGAUACAGGUGGGAGGAAGGUAUUAGUGAAUGGGUUGUGGCAAGUCCCAAGCGGCCUUGCAGUCGCUACCCUAUGGCGGGUGCCAUGGGGCCGGCGGGGAGACGAAGGUGGGGAGAAGUCGGUGGCACUGUGCAAGAAGUCCUUGCACCGACAAAACAGCAGAUUUGGACCCCAGAUGCCGUUGUGACGAAGAAGCAAAGGGCCGCGGUAGCGGCGAGGCCAAAGUCCAAGCGACAGGCACUGGGAGACAUCAGCGGUCGACAGCCACAAGCACAGGCGCGGCUGAGUGACGAUGAGCUGGGAUUCUGA